ACCUGUGGUUCCUUCAUUGCGCUUUGCCGCCAUCAAUCACAUGAUGGUAUUUUCAUUCACCCCAUGCUAUGCGAAUCACCGCUUUGUUUUUUGCUCACGGGUGCGGGGAGCUUAUGAAGUGCAAACGUUAGAGGCGGGCCAGCCGUUUGUCGCUACACUAGAUCUCUUUUAUCAGUAGGCGCUGCCUGGGGAGUAAUUUGACCGCAUCUGCUUCAAUCGAGUUCUUUUGACACACCGCCAAAAGUCACGUUGGCUCAUGCUUGAUACUCCCAACACAUAUAAACAUGCCCGACUACUCGUUACAGCUACUUGCCUGGCAACAUCAGUCGAACUCUGUCGCCGGUGCUGUGGCCAACGUCACAAGCGUGGUCUCAACGACAAUCCGCAGCUCGCCCCAAUUCCCAUUCCGGAGCGGUUUUCUGGAGCCUGCCAAUGAUUCUGCGCGUAGACGGGUUAGCCACCGUUCCUGCGAAGGACCACGCGCUCCAGCGCCCGCUGUGCAUCCAAACGCCACGCUUCGAAGUCUAAUGGCGUCGCAUGUCAUGGAAAUAUCUGACGAUACUCUCGGUGCUGCUGCCGGUUUUGACGGGCAGAUGAGCGACUCUGGGAGCUUUAACGACAGUCUCGACCGCCACGGCUCUUCGUCCAUGCCAACCUCUCUCAGGGGCUCAGCAAGCCCGCAUGAUCACAAGGUUCUCGUGCCUUACGAUUCCGAUUCCGAUUCCGAUUCCGAUUCAGCGUCCCACCCUGGUGACUUUGUUGACGACAGAACCCGAUCAAUCCACAACAGCGGUAUUGAAACCGCAUCUCUACCCGAGGAGGCCGAGUCACCUCUUUUCGAACCCGAAUCGGGCUCACACGGCGCUACAUUUGACGGUACAAAUGAGACUCGUCCCGCCACUACGAUGGUGAGAGAAACAUCCACACAGGGGAGCUCCACGAAGUCCACGCGGCAGGAGGUUAUUGCUUCUCGGGGUACCCGGGCGGCGAAAGCCAUGCCUCAGGCGAAGAUGCACCCCUUGGCUAUACGUGCUAGGGCGGGUCGCCGGGGCAAGAGCGUCGAGAGGGAUCCAGAGAAUCACAUGAUAAAAGACCUUCGCAUUAACGGGAGCUAUACUUGGACCGCCAUUGCGAACAUACUCAACGAAAGGCGCAUCGCGGAAGGUAUGCCUCCAACAUGUACCGCCGCGUCUGUCUAUGGUCGCUUCGUCCGCAAUGCUCCGCGCAUCGCCCAGUCAUUAGAGGGCGACUAUAAUUUCAACCCAAGCGAUUAUAUGCACCUACGGCGCCCUCAAAACUACCCUGCCCCAGGUCCCGACCUUUUGGAUACUUCAAAGAAGCGAACUCGUGCUGAGGCAAAUGGCAAAUAUCAGACGCCUCGCGACAUAAAGGGCAAUGUCCGUCAAGUCACCUCCGAUGGUCAGGAUCUCCAGUCACCCGAAAAGGCCGCCAAGUUCGUGAAGGCCGUGGAAAUGGCAACUCAAGAGUUCUGGAGGAAUGUGAGGGACGCUAUGGAGCAGCUCACCGGUCAUGUCUACGACCCCAAGGUACUCGAGGACCAUUAUGAGACCAUCUAG